UUGUCCGGACGACGAUAGCGGCUCAGCCUGAGACAGACUGACGACACUGUGCAUCCGGCCAUCCUGCCAGACCAUAAUUUUCCCUAACUCACCAAUUUACACAACCACAACGGCACCAUCGUGCGACAAGCGAAUAUCUUUGUCUACCUAGAUUUUUUAUCGGCGACAAAAUGUCCAACCCUCGCGUUAAACGUCCUUUCGCCGGUGCUGCCGCCGACCCGUCGCAGCGCCAGAUCACCUCCUUCUUCAGCAACCGCGGCCAAUCGGGCGAAUCACCACCCGUCGAGUCUAUCCGCGGACCUCCCCUGCCUGCGAGCGUCGAAGCCAACCUGCUCAGCGUCGGCAUGCGCGUUCGCAAGUCCGUACCGGAGGGCUACAAGACCGUUGGGCCCAGCGCCUUCAAGCUCUGGACAGACAACACCCGACCUUCCUCGCUCGGUGCACAACAGCAGCCCAAGCCGCAAAUGAAAAAGCCCACGCCUAUACUCUCGCGAGCCACGUCGAGGGAAUUGACACCGUUUUGCGGGAUCAACAGGAUUGGCGGCCUGAGCGAGCAGCCUGACUCCCGCUACGAGGACGAAGAGCAGGAACUUCCUGGCCUGGACGAGAUUCCCGGCUUGACCAUGUCCCAGGAAAGCAACGAGAGCGCCGUCACGGAUGCAAGCUCUCGCAAACGUUUUCUGGACGAGGAUGAGGAGGAUGAAGACAUUUAUGAGGAUCACGCGCGGAACUUGGGGGACUCGGCCAAUGGCCGGAUCAUGGCUGUUCCUCGCUCCCGCGUCAGGAAGGCCACCUCAUUCCAGCAGGAUCAGGAGAACAUGGCUAUCGACAGCGACUUUGACGAUGCCGACUUUUUGGUGCACAUGGCGGACUGAUGAACUCUGUACGGAGGAAGGACCGUUCUGUUCCAUCACGUGUAUUUGCUCUUUGUAUGUGGUGCGAGGCGUUCAGGAAUGCAGUAAGUCUCGGGUCGAGCUUGUGGA